AUGGCCAUCUUUACCGCGCCCCGAUCAUUUCAGAAUGUCAAUGCUAUCAUCCCUCAGGCUCCUAUGGGCAUCAGCCGCUUCAUGCCAACCGCCCAUGAGAGCCACCCCCCAUUCUUUCAAUUAGUGCUGCUUGUAUUUGAAGCUGUGCUAGAGGUCAUCUGCGUCAGCUUCCCUGGUUAUAUUGCCGCCCAGCAGGGCAUGUUCGAUGCCGACGCGCAGAAGCUGGUGGCAAAUCUCAACGUGACUCUGUUCACCCCGUGCCUCAUUUUCACAAAGUUGGGCUCACAAUUGACCGCCGAAAAGCUGACGGACCUGGCUAUCAUCCCGGUGAUCUUUAUCGUACAGACUUUCGUAUCAUACUUUUGCUCCUUUAUUGUCUCAAAAUGCUGCCGAUUCAAAAAGCGACAGUCAAACUUUGUGGCUGCCAUGGCGGUCUUCGGCAAUUCAAACUCCCUCCCAAUCUCUCUCGUCGUAUCGCUCUCACAGACCCUCAAAGGCCUCCACUGGGACCAAAUUCCAAAUGACAACGAUGACGAAGUCGCUGCCCGCGGGAUUUUAUACUUGUUGAUCUUCCAGCAACUAGGCCAACUUGUGCGCUGGAGCUGGGGAUACCACGUUCUCUUAGCGCCCAAGGAUCGCUACCUCGAGGAGGGGGAGAGUGACGGCAGUGGCCAGUCAAUCAUCGAGCAGGGUCAGGCGCGAUACAUCGACAAUCCGGAACAGACAGACCCGGAUGAACCGCUUGUUCGAACACGCAGCUCAGAUGAUCUACACCACAUCCACCCUGACAGCCGGCUGCCAUCUGGAGAACAGACACCCGUGUCAUCGCGACCCUAUGCUUACUCGAAGGUAUCAUCCACCCAUUCUGAUGAGCCUGAUCUGGAUGACACUCCCUCAUUCAUCGGGCCGCCACCUAAUGGCCCCUUCCUCCCCCGCCAAAGCUCUCGGGGCGACAUCCUUCAAUUUCCGGAUAUUGAAAACUCCGCGCGAGAAGCCGAAGAAUCCGAGAGGACACAACUGCAGCGUUGGGCAGCUCAUCUACGGAAAUCGCGAGACCGUACCGGUCGGUGGUGGGACAAACGAACCGACGCUCUCCACACGCGUCUCCCGCCAAAUGCCCAAAAAGCCCUCUUUUCCACCACGCGUGGAGUGCGUAGAUUCUUCCGUGGCGCAUGGGACUUCAUGAACCCGCCACUGUGGGCAAUGCUGGUGUCAAUAAUUGUCGCAUCUGUUCCGGCGCUCCAGGGCCUCUUCUUCGGUGACGGUACAUUCGUCCGCAACUCAGUCACUCGCGCAAUUGAACAGAACGGACAGGUCGCUGUGCCACUGAUAUUGGUCGUGCUGGGCGCGAAUCUCGCGCGCAACACGAUUCCCGCAGAGGCACUAGAGGACAUGGAGCAUCCCCGCGAGGAACGCAAACUUAUCAUUGCUUCUCUCCUUGCGCGUAUGCUUCUUCCUACUCUCAUCAUGGCGCCGAUUCUGGCACUCACAGCCAAGUUUGUGCCGGUCAGCAUCCUCGACGAUCCGAUCUUUGUUAUCGUCUGCUUCCUGCUUACCGGUGCACCCUCGGCGUUGCAGUUGGCGCAGAUCUGCCAGAUCAACAAUGUCUACGUCGGCGCCAUGUCGAAGCUUCUAUUCCAGAGUUACGUUGUCUGGAUCCUUCCAUCUACGCUCGUACUGGUCAUGGCUGCUCUAGAAGUUGUUGAGUGGGCUGCUGCCUCUUCAUAA